AUGUUCCGUGCAAUCAACCUUUUCCAUGUUCCUGAAGCUUACGGCGAGUCGCGUUCGCCAGCUGCCUCUGUGCUGGCAGCGGUGGUUACCAGUGGACCUACCGGUGACACGGGCAGGGCGGGUGUCCGGAGCCUUCACCCUUCCCCGCAUGUGAGGGUGUUUCAUGCCUCUGCGCUGGCAGCAGUGGUUACAGGCGGUGCAAAUGGGGGUGACACAGGCAAGGCGGGUGUGGGGGGGCUGCAGCCUUCUUCCCCGCAUGUGAGGGUGUUUCAUGCCUCUGCGCUGGCAGCAGUGGUUACAGGCGGUGCAACUGGGGGUGACACAGGCAAGGCGGGUGUGGGGGGGCUGCAGCCUUCUUCCCCGCAUGUGAGGGUGUUUCAUGCCUCGGCGCCGGCAGCAGUGGUGACAGGCACGACAGGUGACACGGGCAAGGCGGGUGUGAGGGGGCUGCAGCCCGCCCUUGAGGGCUCAAGCGAGCAUGCUGGGGAGGCGGGGCGGUCCAAGCUGGUGGAGGCGUUUCAGAUUCAAGCAGCAUCAGACCCCAUGCGUGGCUUCAUGGUGGCGCUGCGGAAGUCGAGCUCGGUUUUUGAGACCGGCCUUGCGCUGAGGGACCUGCGAGUGGUCAUUUCCGCCCUGCAGAACCAGAUCCCCACUAUCCUCAUCCGCCCACGGGCCAUAGUGGUGAGUCUGGCGCACGUGAGGGCAGUCAUCACAGCCAACCGCGCAUAUGUCCUCAACACCUCCUCUUCCCCACUAUCUUCCCUCUCCUUUCCUGUACUCUCUCCCCACUUCCAACCACUUCCCGUGACUGGUCUCCUUAUUCCCCAUAUCCCCCCUCUACAGAUCCCCACCAUUCUCAUCCGCCCGCGGGCCAUAGUGGUGAGUCUGGCGCACGUGAGAGCAGUCAUCACAGCCAACCGCGCCUACGUCCUCAACACCUCCUCGCCCCGCGGGAGUGAGGUGCGUGGAUUGGAGGAGGGAAGGGAUAAGAGGGGGGUGGAGCUAAGGGAGCUGGAACGGGAGGAACAGCUGCAGGAGAGGCCAGCAGCGACAGGAAGGGCAGCAGAAGGUACUGGGGCAGGAAUAUGGAGAGGGGGCAUGGAGAGAGAAGGGAGGAAUUUUCUUAGAAGAGGAGAGGGAGGAGAGGAGAGGGGUGCUAAAAGGGAUGAUGGGACGGAUGGUGGGAGGACUGAUGAGCGAGAAGAGGAGUGGUGUCAGGGGUGGCAGGAGGAGGUAUCUGAGAGGAGGAGAGAGGAGUGGAGGGCGAGGAGGCAGAGAGAGGAGGAGAGGAGGAGGAACAAGCGAUGGCUGGAGGAUUUGGAGAAAGAAAGCAAGGGAAGGUUCAGUGAAGCUUCGAAUGGAGAGGAGGAGGAGGGGGGAGGGGGGGCGGGAGCACGGGCAAAGGGGAGGGGAAAAGUGGAGGAGGGAGCAGAGUGGAUGGAGGAAGUGGGGGGUGGUAAGAAGGGAACGAGGGAGCAGGAGAAGGCUAAGGGAGGGAAGAGAGGAGGGCGUUCGCCGGGGGGCGAUGUGCCGUAUGAGCGGGCCAUGGCGGAGCAAGAGGCGUUUCUGAGAGCCAAGAACGAGCUGCUGCGGCUGGAGCGGAGCGCGAAUCAGAUAUGCAACGCCGUCCGGGAAGUGCUGUCGAAUGAUGAGGACAUGGCAGAGAUGUACCUGUCACGAAAAUCGUCGCUCCCCCAUGGGACUGCUAACAGCGCGGAGCACAGCGAGGUGGAGGAGCUGCUGGAGGAUCACCUGAGGCGCAUGGAGGAGGUGGUGGGGGAGGCGGAGCAGCUGCUUUCCAUGUCCGAUGCCACGUCGGAAUACCUCAGAACUGCUCUGGACAGUGCGCGCAAUCAGCUGAUUGAGCUCGACGUGCUUGUCAACAUGGCUACAUGCUCGCUCGCCGUGGGUGGCUCCAUUGCUGCUGUCUUCGGUAAGCAUCUGGUUAUUGAUAGCACCGCUAUCGCGCCAUCACGCAUCGGAUGCCCCCAGAAGCCUUCGUCAGCAGCGGGGAAAUGCAGCAGCGUAAGCAGGCAGCGGCGACGGGUGGGUGGGAGAGGUGUGGUUGCAGCCAGUCCUCCCACGGAGGAGGUUGAGGUGCGGACUGAGCCGUUGACCAAGGAAGACCUGGUCAACUAUCUGCGAUCCGGCUGCAAGCCCAAGGACAAGUGGAGGAUCGGCACGGAGCACGAGAAGUUCGGGUUCGAUCAGAAGACGCUCCAGCCAAUGACGUACGAGCAGAUCGCGACGCUGUUGGAGCACAUUGCGGAUCGGUUCUCGUGGGACAAGAUCAUGGAGGGCGACAGGAUCAUUGGCCUGCGAUCGAACGGGCAGAGCGUGACGCUGGAGCCCGGAGGUCAGUUCGAGCUGAGUGGCGCACCCCUGGAGACAGUGCACCAGACGUGCGCUGAGGUCAACGGUCACCUCUAUCAGGUGAAAUCCAUCUGCGAGGAGGAGCACGUGGGGUUCCUGGGCCUGGGUUUUAACCCGAAGCACACCCUGGAGGAGAUCCCCAUCAUGCCCAAGGGCCGCUACACCAUAAUGCGCAACUACAUGCCCAAGGUGGGCUCGCUGGGGCUGGAGAUGAUGUUCCGCACGUGCACCGUGCAGGUCAACCUCGACUUUGACUCCGAGCAGGACAUGGUCGACAAGUUCCGUGUGGGCCUCGCACUACAGCCGGUGGCCACGGCCUUAUUCGCCAACUCGCCAUUCCUGGAGGGCAAGCCCAAUGGGUAUCUCAGCUACCGCAGUCGAGUGUGGGAGGACACUGACAAAGACCGCACAGGGGACCUCCCGUUUGUUUUCGAGGACGGCUUUAGCUUUGAACGCUAUGUGGAGUAUGCCCUGGAUGUACCCAUGUACUUUGCCUACCGUGACCAGCGCUACAUCGAUGCCACUGGGCUCUCCUUCCGGGACUUCUUGAACGGCAAGCUCCCAGUGCUGCCAGGUGCCUACCCCACUCUCAACGACUGGGAAAACCAUCUUACCACCAUCUUCCCUGAGGUGCGGCUGAAGCGGUAUCUUGAGAUGAGGGGCGCGGAUGGCGGGUCGUGGAGGAGAAUAUGCGCCCUGCCCGCCUUCUGGGUGGGGUUGCUGUACGACCGACAGGCGCUGGACGAGUGUAAGGCAAUCAUCUCUGACUGGACGGAGCUUGAGCGCUCUGCUCUGCGCACACAUGUGCCCCGCAUGGCCCUCAAGACGCCCUUCAGGGAGGGGCUGCUGCAGCACCUGGCACAGGACCUUGUCAGAAUCAGCAGAGACGGAUUGCAAAGACGAGGGUACAGGGAAGGCAAUUUCCUCAAGGAGCUGGAGAACAUCGCUGCUACAGGUGUGACUCCUGCAGAGCGCAUGUUGGAGGCAUACCAUGGCAGGUGGGGGGAGAGCGUGGACCCUAUCUACAAGGAGCUCAUUUACUAG